AUGGCCCACCACGGCCCCCUCGCCGUCGCCGUUCUCCUGCUUCCUCUCGUCGUCGCCUCCGCGGCAACCGAUUUCGAUUUCUUCCACCACGUUCAGCAGUGGCCCGGCUCUUACUGCAACACAAACACAAAUGCCACCCGCUGCUUCCCGGGCGGCGAGAAGCCGGCCGCGGACUUCGGCAUCCACGGCCUCUGGCCAGAGUACGCCGCGUGCCGGCCCGACGCCGUGAACCCCAACAAGACCAGUUGCUGGCCGGACUCCUGCAACGCCACCGCUCCUCUCGACCUGUCGCAGAUCAGGAACUUGGACAGCGACCUGCGCCGGAACUGGGGUACGCUGUCGUGCAAGAACAGGGACAACGCGCAGUUCUGGAGCCACGAGUGGAGCCGGCACGGCACCUGCUCUAACGUGGACCAUCACUCCUACUUCCUGGCCACCCUGGAGCUCAAGGCCCGGUUCAACCUCACCCGCAUCCUGCUGGACGCCGGCGUCGUGCCGUCCGACGACAAGGAGUACUGCCUCCGCACCAUCCGGGACGCAGUGGCCGCGGCCACGGGCUCCGCGCCGAUGGUGGAGUGCAACCGCAACGAGCGCAACGAGACGCAGCUGUACCAGGUGUUCCAGUGCGUCGGCCUCGACGGACGGACGCUCGUCCACUGCCCACUGCCGGAGCAGCGCGGUGCACCGACAUGGUCAAGUUCCCACCGUUCUAGGCAUUUGGUUCUGUUGAUCUGCUUGAACGAAGCCGAGCUGAAUUUGCUCCGCAGCCAUUUUGACUGUACUGUACCAUUCAACGUCCACUAA